AUGGCAGAGAUGUAUUGCUACAAGGAGGUGUUGCCAUUCGCAGCCAUGGUGACCAUGGAGUGUGUCAACGUGGGCCUAAACACACUUUUCAAAGCAGCCACUUUGGCAGGCAUGAGCUACCAUGUUUUUGUUCCCUAUACUUAUGCUGUAGCUGCUCUUGUCCUCCUUCCUGCUCCUUUCCUUUCCCACAGAUCAAGAGUGCUUCCUCCACUAAGCUUCUCUAUACUCUGUAAAAUUGGUCUUCUUGGGGUUACUGGGAGUGCGUCUCAGAUCAUGGGCUACACAGGCAUCAAUUAUAGCUCCCCUGCUCUUGCUUCAGCCAUCAGCAACCUCACACCAGCAUUUACUUUCAUACUUGCCAUCAUUUUCAGGGUGGGUCAGGACACUGAGUAUGUACUAGUUCCGCUAUGGUACAUUCUUCAGACGCAGAUAAUGAAGGAGUACCCAGCAGAGUUAACGGUGGUCUUCUUUUACAAUUUAUCUGUUAGCAUCAUAGGGGCUGUUGUAGCACUAAUUACAGAAGGAGCUUCAAGUGCUUGGGUAGUGCGGCCAAAUAUAGCAUUAGCCUCCAUUCUUUGCUCGGGGCUCUUGGGGUCAUGCUUGAACAAUACUGUUCACACAUGGGCUCUGCACUUGAAGGGACCGGUCUUUGUAGCAAUGUUCAAGCCAUUGUCAAUUGCCAUUGCUGUUGCGAUGGGCGUCAUGUUCCUUGGGGAUACUCUUCAUCUCGGAAGUGUGAUUGGAGCAACAAUUAUAUCUAUUGGGUUUUACACCGUAAUGUGGGGAAAAGCCAAAGAAGAACUGGGUGGUGACUGCAAUAUUGCUGGUAACCCGGAAUGCUCAUCUGCGCAGAAGGUGCCUCUAUUACAAAGCUACAAUAUUACAAAGUUGCAAGAUGAACAAGUGUAG